AUGCAUGGAAGGGAUGGAAGAGCCGACAGAGACCGGAGGGGGUCGAGAGGACCAAGGGCUCAGUUCUCGCGGCUGAGGCCUGUCGAACUCGACCCUCUUGCAGAAUUUGGGUUGCCUUCGAAAGGAGAGAAAAGGCUCCUCAACCUGAAAACUCAGGAAACAUAUUACAGCAGAAUAGUUGAGCGCUAUCUCUCCUUUUGCACCGACGCAGGAGACCGUGAUGAACUUCGAAAGCAAUUUGCUUCGUUGAGUCUCGCUGACUCCCCUCCUUCGGUCCCAUCGGUACCUGCAAUCCCAUCUCAUCGUCAACAGUCCUCUCUAUUGUCACAGGACUCACUGGUGACUCCGGGAACCGACUCCACAAGCUAUUCCUCUUCUCAUAUUCCUGUCCCGAAGGACCCAAAAGCCAACCUCUCCCAAAUCCUUUCCGCCCUGCGCAAGCUCCGCGAAGCUCUAGUCGCUACCCGUCGCCACGAUGCAUUCGCAGCUCAAGUUUUCCUCUUCGCAGCUCGCGUCGGCGUGCUCGUCGGCUCUUAUGAAACGUAUCUCCCGGCUCUCCUAUACCUAUUGCGAAGGCUGAGCCACUACACAAUUCCCGACACGCGCGACAAAGCUUCGUUGCUCACGACCGCCGAGCUCCGUGAAUGCGCUACCUAUCUCGUCCUCGACGCCGCCUGCCGCAGGGACGAUCUUGCCGAAGCUUAUGCGUUGCGACACACUUACCGCUCGGCACUUCGUUUUCCCUCCGAAGUUUCUCCCGCCAAAGUUAUUGGAUUUGACAGACACGACGCCCUUGACGCUGUGCUGCAUGCCCUAACCCACGACAACUGGAUUUUAUUUCGGCGGGUAAAGCUCUCUGUGGAUGGGCCACGCGCAAGGCUGAUGGAGUUCGCUGAGGCGCGGAUGCGGUCACACACGCUCAAGGCGUUCGGCCGGGCAUAUCUCAACUUGCCUCUCAACGUGCUUGAGGAGCAAGUUGGAAAGAAGUGGGAAGAGUUGAGGAGUGAGGACGGUGUUGGAUGGGAGUUAGAAGGGGAGCGGUCCUCGGAGAAUGCCAAAGUGAUUAUUCGAAGUGUCAGAGCUCGCUGA